AGAAGAAGAAGGUUCGAUAUCAACAAGAGCAGGAGGCAUGUAGCUGACAGGGUCGACUUUUUUACCUCAAAAAGUUUGGCUGUACGCAAAUGUCAACCACGUAUGUGUCACUUAAACAAGCGCUCUUGUUCGUUUUCAAGCCACAGACGGGUUGCACGUAAUGCUAUGUAGCUCGUUGUGCUGACUAGCUGGCUUACUAACAGCAAGGUAAGGCUGUAAAUUCAAUUAAGGAAUGUGUAUAUUUGUAUAGUGCUUUCAUACUCGUGUUAUAAUUCACCUACAGUAAACACCAGACUGUCUUUACGCGCUAAAUGUUGCGGUCUUUGUUUUUGUAUCUGUCAUAUGAUUUAAGAUAAGGCUGCUUUCUCAGGGUGUUUGUAAAAUGUGACAGGAUGGCCGAUGACCCACAGAGAAACUUCCGCUCGGCCUAUUAUGAGAAAGUGGGUUUCAGGGGAGUAGAGGAGAAGAAAUCACUGGAAAUACUGCUGAAGGACAAUCCCCUCGAUCUAGAAAAGCUGAGCACCUUCAGUCAGAGGUUCCCCCUCCCCUCCAUGUACAGGAUCCAUGUGUGGAAGGUAUUGUUGGGUAUCCUCCCUCCCCACAGUGACUCUCAUGCUCUGGUUGGAGGCUACAGGAAGGAGCAGUACCAGGACAUCCUGGAGGCUCUGGAGGUGAUGAGGUACAUCAACUCCUCCACACCAUCCACCCACAUCUACCUUCGCAUGUUCCAGCUGGAGAGCCAGAUUCUUCCGCGGUGCUCCGAGACCUCUGCCCCGGAUGAGGAGAACGAGGACUUCCUCUCCGUCAGUCGAGCCAUGGAGGAGAUCGUAGACGAUCCUGUCGACUGCUAUUGGCUAAUCAAAUGUUUUGUGAAUCAGUUUCACACCAAGUUUGGUGACUCAAUACCUCACCUGCCAAAGAGUCUGGAGCAUUAUCUGAGUCAGGAGGAACCUCGACUGCUGAACCACCUGAAGAACAGCGGAGCACUCGCUCAGCUGCCGUACAGCCUCUGGUUCAGACGCUGCUUUGCCGGCUGCCUGCCUGAAUCCAGCCUGCAGAGGGUGUGGGACAAGGUGAUCAGCGGCUCCUGCAAGAUCCUGGUGUUUGUCUCUCUGGAGAUCCUGCUCAGCUACAAGAUCAUCUUGAUGGGCAUCAACCGGCCGGAAGGCAUCGUCAAGUUUCUGUGCAAUAUACCGCAGGAAAACACAGACGCCAUCGUGACGAAAGCAAUCGACUUGUGGCACAAAUAUUGCGGCACUCCGAUGCACGCCGUGUAGACGCAUGGAGCUCCUCGGAGAUUUUCCAGGACUUGCUCCCAACUGCACUGAGACACUAACAGACUGUGACGUUUGGGGCGAUGUUUUUUUUCUGCAUGAAUGAACAGAAAACUCAUCACGGGCUCCUUUUAGUAAGCGUGAGAAGUUGGGAGCUACUUUUCAUACUGACAGGACAAUUCCCAGCGUUCCACCAAAGAAGAGAAACUAUGUGUGGAAGAGCCUCGAGUGCAUGAAUGAACACUGAAAACAAAGAAGCCGAUGAAUGUGAAUGCAGCCCGUUUGAUAAACUUAUUUUUUUUUUAAUAAGUUUCUUUCUUUAAGAAACUGCAUACAUCAUAGAAGACUCACAAUAAAUUAAUACUCACAUGCAGUUUUUUCUGCUUUACAAAAAAAAAACAUCUGAAAAGUCACACUUCCUUUCUUUAUGUACAACUUUUAGAAUUCUGAGAAUCUCUCAAAACAUUUCAAUCGACAAGAGGCAGUGAUGUGACAGACUCUUGUACACACAUACACGACUCUCACUCUCACACACACACACACACACACACAGAUAACAGAUAAACCAGUUCUCCCAGUAUAAUGAUCACCUCUUCCAUUUCAUGAACCUGUAAACAAUAAAAACAUGAAAAGUACAAUGGCUGAGUUCUCAGGUUUUUGUACCAACAACAUUUGUAAUAAAAAUGUGAUAGAAAAAAAGUUUGUCGUCGAGUUCAGCAACAUUGAACUCUGUCCUCAGAUAAAAUAUUCUGUUAUCAAACGACA